UUGAGGAGCUGCCUUUCCUCCCACCCCCACCCCCCUUCCCGCUGGUCCUUUGGCAUCUUCCAGACCAUGUCCACUGGGUCCCUCAGUGAUGCGGAAGAUCUGCAGGAGGUGGAGAUGCUGGAGUGCGAUGGCCUGAAAAUGGAUGCUAACAAAGAGUUUGGGGUGUCCAACGAAAGCAACGAGGAGGGAUCCAAUGGCGAGAACGGAUCCCCUCAGAAGGCGAGAGGGGCCGCGGGCAAGAGGAAAAAAGCUCCCCCCAAGAAGAGCCCUUUAAAUGGAGUGAGCCAAGAGGGAAAGCAGGUCCAGAGAAAUGCUGCCAACGCCAGGGAGAGGGCGAGGAUGAGGGUCCUUAGCAAAGCCUUCUCCAGGCUUAAGACCACCCUGCCAUGGGUGCCCCCAGACACCAAGCUUUCCAAACUGGACACCUUGAGGUUGGCCUCCAGCUACAUUGCUCACCUGAGGCAGAUCCUGGCCAAUGACAAGUAUGAAAACGGCUACAUCCACCCUGUCAACCUGGUAAGUCACGGCCCGCCAGGGCCAGGCACUCGGGCACGGAGCGGUGUAAAUGUUCGUUUCCGACCCUCGGGCUCGACGGGGGAAGGACCGCGCGUCCGCCGGGCCCCCGGGCAGCCACCGCGCUCGGCCGGCGGCCCGGGCCACGGGAAGGCUGCUUCCCGGAGCUAA